CUGGAGGACUACCUGCUGGCGGAAGAUGCGCCUCUGCUGGAGGAGAUGGCUGAGGAGGACGAAGAGCUCGACCUGUACAACGAGAUGACUUUUGGGUUAGACCGAGACUCGGCUGAGGAGGACACCACAAAACCUCGGAUGCCUCCAGAGUUGAGCCCUGAGCUGGCAGAAUUGGUGGUGCAGCAGACUGAGGCCAGGGAGGAAUUGGGACCUGGAGCAGCUGAGCAACUGGAGGAGCUGGGAGAUCCCCAAGAGGAAGGUGGGAUGGAGCUGGGGCUUGAGCAGGCUGGCUCUGACUUGGAGGAAGAGGAAGAGGACCUGGGCACUGAGGAGCAGGAGGAGAAUCAGGAGCCCUGUGAGGAGCCCAAUGACCUGGGAGACCCAGCAGUGAUGAGAGCCGUGCAGAGCAAACCCACGCUGGAGAGCCAGGACUCGGCAGUGUUGGACAGCAAGAUCGAUGCUUGCUGGGCAGACUUUGGCAAAGAGGAUGUGCUGGCAAUGGAUCCUGCAGCAUGGGGCUCCUGCCCCACCAGUGUCUCGCCCCACCACGUACUGGAGGAUAAAGCCAUCCUCCAGCCCCGCCUCAAACGCCCUGAAUUAAGGCUGAUGUCUCCCAAGUCAUUCCCCCAGCGCUUUCUCCAGCAGCAGUCGGCUCUGACGCCUCGCUCCUCAUGCUCCCCUCGGCCCUUUGCACCAGCUCGCAGACCCUCAUCACUCUUCGCUUCGAACCAGACCACGGGGUACACAUCUCAGACCCCUUUUGGGCCCAGUGUCAGCAGCCCACCGCAGUCUUUCGCCAUGCACUUUGGUCCCAUGUCUCCUUCUUUGGACUCUGCUCUCUUCUUCAGUCCGUCAGCCAGUGGCCAGCUGAACCUCAGCACAGCCAGCCAUAUGACCCAGCUGCACCCCCAGCACCAGCGGAUCCUGACCCAGCGGCAGGCGCAAAGCAUCUCCCCCAAGAAGCUGUGGUCUCCUAAAGUGGACCCUUAUGCUGGGCUGAUGACCUCUAAGGAGAAGGAUUGGGUUGUGAAGGUGGAGAUGAUCCAGCUGCAGAGUGAGAACAUGGAUGAUGACUACUACUACCAGAUGUACUACCACCGGCUGGAGCGCAAACAGGCAGAGGAGGAGCUGCUUGGCGGGCGCAACAAGCAGGAGCCCCCCAAGCUGGUCACACCGUUCAUCCAGAAAGUGGAGACGUAUGACUCUGUGGUGCGUAUCGCAGGCUCACUCGGCCAGGUCGCUGUGUCCACCUGCUACAGCCCUCGCCGGGCCAUCGAUGCUGUGCACCAUGCAUUGGUGGAGGAGGCUGCGGGGAGUCACCGGCUUCGGGCACUGCACAGGAUCGAGAAGCUCUUCCUACAGCUGCUGGAAGUGGAGGAGACACAGCGGAAGAUGUCUCUGAAAGAGCAGCAGCCCUACUGCCAGAAGGAGAAGAAGCAAGAAGUGGAGCGUAUCUACCAAGCCUUGAAAGUCAGGACUUGCAGCAGUGAAGAGGAGGCAGAGGAUGAAUUCCUGCAACUCCUGUGCGUGCAGAAGGGCAAGAAGCUCACAGCUCGGCUCCUGCCCCACCUGACCUGGGAGCAAGCAGAGAAGAUCCUGCUGACCGUCACCCACCACCUGCCCUUCCUCAUGAAAAAGGACGUGUUGGAUGAGUCUCUCCCCCUGCUCUACAGCCCGUUGAACGAGGUGGUGGGCAGAAUCACCUUCAGCAGGCUCAUCGAGGUCCUGCAGGAGAUGACCACGCCUCUGCCCGAAUCCCCUGAGCUCCCUCUCACCAUGGCUUUGAAGAACCAGUUUGGGAUCUCCUUGCUCUACUCCCUGCUGAGCCACGGCGAGAGGCUGCUGUCCUCUGAUGUGCCGCUGGAGCCGCGCAGCGGGGACUUUGAGGCGUGGACGGACACGGUGUUCCUAGUCGCCCGGGAACUGUCACAAGUGCCAAAAACCUCGCUGGUGGAGCCUAUCUUCUUGCCCAGCAACCUCCUCUCGCUCUUCUGCCGUUACCUGGACAAGCAAACAGUCCACCACCUGGAAGCCAAGAUGGAGUGA